AUAAGAGCAAGCAAGCUUGGCUAAAAAAUCAAGAAAAAUGGAGGGGAAUGUGUGUAUAAGCAGAGAGCAGUUGAAACUACUUUUGCACUUACUAGUACCACUAUGUAUUUAUUGGACUGCUGAAGAGAUGUCUGUUCCUGUUAUUGCUGAUAUCUCCACUAAUGCUCUUUGUCCUGGAAAAUCCACUUGCUCUGAAGCUAUUUACAUCAAUGGUCUUCAGCAAAUGGUGGUUGGAAUUUGCAAAAUGGUUGUCAUUCCGGUUCUUGGUCAACUUGCUGAUGAGUAUGGGCGUAAACCUUUACUCCUUUUAAUCGUAUCUACCGCUAUUUUUCCCAGUGCUAUAUUGGCUAUAGAUGAUUCAAAAGGAUUUGUCUAUGCUUAUUAUGUGCUGCGGAUAAUUUCUCAUAUCAUGAGUCAAGGAAGUAUUUUCUGCAUUUCUGCUGCUUAUGCAGCAGAUAUUCUUGAUGGUAGUAGCAGGGCUGCAGCUUUCGGGUGGAUGCACGGAAUUUUAUCUUUAUCUCAUGUUUUGGGGAACCUUCUUGCCCGUUUACUUCCUGGAACCUACAUAUUCGAGGUUUCGGUGGCACUCUUGAUCAUUGCUCCGAUGUACAUGAUAUUUUUUCUUACCGAGACAGUUAAGCCAACUCCAAACCUUAACCAACAUUCACGUUGGUCAAGCAAGGUGUACAAAAUUAUUCAGGAUCGACAUAGCUCAAUGAGAUACGCAUUACACGUGGUAACAAGCAGUUCAACUCUCAAGUGCAUUUGUCUUGUUUCGUUCUUCUAUGACAUGGGAAUGUCUGGUAUCAGCAGUGUGUUAAUGUACUAUCUGAAGUCAGCUUUUGAUUUCAACAAGAACCAAUUCUCAGAAAUUCUAGUGAUGGUGGGAGUAGGUUCAAUAAUCACUCAGAUGCUGGUUUUUCCUAUUGUCAACCCAUUAGUUGGAGAAAGAGUGGUACUCAGAAUAGCCUUGCUAGCAUCAAUCACAUAUGCAUUGCUCUACGGCUUGGCAUGGGCAUCGUGGGUGCCUUACUUUGGUGCUUUAUUUCGGAUGGUUUAUAUCCUUGAGCGCCCUUCUACUAAUGCGAUUGUAUCUAAAGCAUCAAGCCCAAACGAUCAGGGAAAAACUCAAGGACUAGUUGCUGGAGCGGAAGCGAUUGGAAGUUUUUUAGCCCCUCUUGUAAUGAGUCCGUUGACCUCUUGGUUCUUGUCUAGCAAUGCACCUUUCAACUGCAAAGGCUUCAGCUUGAUUUGUGCUGCUUUUGCUUUGGCGAUGGCAUUUUAUUUUGCUUGGAUACUACCAGAAGCACCAUCAGUCCAAGACGAAAAUGCAGAAAGAGUGCCACUUCUAGCAUAAAAAAUGUGAGAGCUAACGUACGGAUGGUAUGCGGGGCAGAUGUAGGUUCAGACAAGGGGGAAAUAUGGCAAAACCAGCAUUUUUUAGUUAGAUAUGAACUGUUGAAUUCUCUUGACAUAAGGAAAGAUUCUAGUUGAGUGACAAAUGAGAAAUUGCAAGGUCGCAUGUUCAGAUUAUAGGUGUGAGUGUGUGACAUCCAAGCUAGUUUUUAUUUUUUAUUUUUUAUAUGAGGGUAUGUACAGAAUUAAUAUUGUAAAUGUUCUGUACCUUGUGUAAUUGUGUUGAGACUGUUUGGAUUGAAAGGAAAGAGAAGGUGACGAAAACUUUCAAGACUU